AUGUCUGAAGCCAAUGUUCUGUCGACUCAAGCGCUGUUUACUCCUAUUUCGGCGAGUGCGCGUACAUGCCUGGAUGAGUUCAAUCGGCUGCUUCAAAGCACGCUGUCUCUCGAUGGCCGACGGUACUCGGCUAUUGAAGAUCAGAUGGCGCGAUUUUCCCUUUGGACAUCCAACAUGGCAGUAUUUGCUCCCGGCAGGAAUUGCAUGGAUCAUCGCGUCCGCGAGGCCCCUGAAGUACAGCGUUUGAUACUGGGCAUCCUGACGGUGCUACAGAGUCGUAUUUCUGAAUGCGUAGAGUUGAUUAAUCGUCUGAAUGCACAGGAUGCCCCAAUUGAGGAGCAAUUCUCGGCGCUGGCGAGAGGAGGGUUCGAGCAAGCGGCCAUCUCCAUUGCGUCCGAAGUCACCCUACUUCAAAGCCUAGCAAACACGAUCCGCAAAGCAAGCCGAGAGACCCAGAAUGACAAGGCGCUCGCCACCUUUCGAAUGACAGACGAGGAAGGCAACAACUUGGAAGCAGUAAUAAAAUGGUAUUUUAUGAAGAAUCUGGAAGACCGCUUCCCAGAGAGCAGCGAAGCCAUCCGUGAACGACUAGCCUCCACCAUGGUGUUGAGACGAAAGCGAAUCUUGUACAGACGGACUCGGUAUUCCGUCAAUCCCAUGAAGGCCCCGGAUCCUGUUGCCAGACCAACAACGCAGAUGCCGUCUUCCUUUCCACGUCAGAUGAACACCGCUUUGCAAAUGCGUGCCGAUAGGAGCGCCCCGAAACCUUUGACUGCACACAGCCAGCUACACUCUGCAGUACAUAGCGCCACCACGCUUACACCGCAUACUUUCCAACGCGCGUCUGCCCCCUCGGUCGUUUCUCAGACCAGAUCCGUUGAUCUGGGCGCCCAUGAGAGUCUCGUAUUUCCCGACGCUCCACUAGCUCAGAGCAAAGGCAUGAUGGAUGUUACCUGCCCAUAUUGUCUUUAUGUACUCCCUAGCAACGAAGUGACCAAUGCAGACAAAUGGAGGAAACAUGUUCUUGGCGACCUGGAUGCUCUUGUGUGCCUUUUUGACCCAUGUGACAAGCCCAAUGUACUGUUCAGUCAUACAAAGGAUUGGAUUCGGCAUAUGCGUGAGCACACCAGAUCCUGGUUUUGUUCCUCAAAGUUGCAUGCAUACAAAACCUUUGGCGACCGCGGAGACUUCCAGAAUCACCUGCAAAAUGAUCAUGAAAGGAAAUACACGGAUGCCCAGAUCGACUUCAUUAUUGAAAAGAACACCCGCUCAUCCGGGCCACUCUUCAAGUUUUGCCCUCUCUGUGGAGGGCAAGAGGAGAAUGAAAAGGGUCCCGGAAUUUCGGAGGACUUGAUCAAUCAUAUUGUUGGACACCUUCGAUCACUGGCUAUCAAAUCGCUCCCUCCCGUCCACGAUCAAGUGGAAGAAGAUGCUUACAAAAGCGACAUCGACAACCGGAGAUCUCGCAGCACAGUAAGAAAUGCUUUUGACCAAGCAGAAUUAGUGCUUGAUUCUCCGGACUCCGACUCGGAUGAUUUAAAUCUAGACGAGUUCGAACCAGACGAGUUCGGGCCAGACGUGUGGGAUUUUGUCCCACCGUUAUUGAAUGCGCUACCUGAUGAUCAAGAUCCCAUAAAGCUCGCAAUACAGUCCAGCAUGCAGUCAGCAAACCUUGAAGCAACACUUCGGAAGGAGGUAACCAUUGUGUCAGAAGAACAAGAACGGCAGCAACUAUCCUCAAGCCUCCUAUCCAGCCCACAGAUGCCGGAUGACACCUUACUUGACUCUCAUAAAUCGAGUGAUUCCGAAUCCGAUUCACAACAUAGACUCACACGUCGCAAGAGAUUUCUUUCACCGCCUGCAGCACUAGCGGCUGGGGUCGUAGAUGCCCCUCUUCAGUCCAUUGAUCAUGAUUCCUCUAAAUCCAGUAAUGACAGCCCACGGUCGCAUCAGCACACCCGCAGUUUGCGGUCUAAAAACAAAGGGACAACCAACGCUGGCCAUUCCGAUCCUACUAAGAGACACUUAGCCGCGCAUGGUCAGACUUUAUUUGCCAGGGCUUGUGGGAAGGGCGACUAUGAGGCAGCCAGAAGACACUUGGCAGAGCGUCCCGAAGACCUGGAUCGUCCCGAUUACGCCGGCAAUACUCCACUUCAAGUAGCUUCGCGCAAUGGAUACGAGGAUAUCGUGGAAUUCCUGAUCGGUGCCGGCUGCAGUGUCAAAUGUCAGAACGAUGUUGAAGAUACGCCUCUCCUCGACGCUGUCGAAUAUGGUCAUCUUGGAGUUGUCAAACUUUUGCUUGCGGCUGGAGUAGACCCCCGGAAAACUGAUGCCGAGGGCCAGGAGCCCUUGGAAAGAAUCUCAGAUGAUCUCGAUAAUUCCUCGGAGAUGAGAAACCUUUUAGAAAAUGCAAGGCAUAGAAGUCGUGGAAGAGCCCCGUCAAUAGACCUGCCGCCGAGGACCUUUUUGGGAGAAAUCUUCCUCUCACCUGAGCCAAUGUCUGAAGCGGAAGAUAAAGCCGAGGUGACCGAGGAAGCAUUCAAAAAUGUAUGA